AUGAGAGUAAGUAAGCAACUUCUCGUUGGGCUCUGGGCAAGCGGCAAAGCAGCUGCUUUCUUCAUCAUGCCCUGUUCAAAACCGGUGGUUGUUGAGCGCGCCGAUCCCAUUGUCAACUCGGGAGCUCUCUCAGGCCAUGUUCAUACCAUCAUGGGUGGCAAUGGCUUCGACUUCAGUAUGACUUAUGAGCAGGCUCGUGCUGCCACUUGCUCAACGUGCAAGGUGACUGCCGAUCUAAGCAACUACUGGACUCCAACCCUCUAUUAUCAAGGUCAGGAUGGCAAAUUCACUAGUGUUUCCCAGUCCGGAGGCAUGCUUGCCUACUAUUUAUUCCGCCAGGACGCCAAGGAUCCGGAAUACAGUAAAGGGCUCAUCGCUUAUCCCAAGGGCUUUCGGAUGCUAGCGGGUGACCCAAAGCUUCGAAGCUACAACAACACCCUCGAGCAGCGGGCCAUCUCCUACGUGUGCUUGGGCAACAGCGGCCCUGCAACGAGCGAGCUUCCCAAUCGUAAAUGUCCGAAUGGCCUUCGUCUUCAGAUAAUCUUCCCUGCAUGCUGGGACGGUGUCAAUCUCGAUUCGUCUGACCACAAAAGCCAUAUGGCGUACCCGGAUCGCCUUGACAACGGGAAAUGUCCUACAACUCACCCCAAGAGAUUCGUUACUCUGUUCUACGAAGUGAUCUUUAGCGUCAAUGAUUUCAAGGACAAAUGGUACGGAGAUAAGCAACCGUUCGUAUUUGAUCCGACUGGAUAUGGCUUGCACGGCGAUUUCAUUAAUGGAUGGGACGUCAACGUACUCCAAGCGGCUAUCACUCAAUGCACCGACAACGGCGGUAGCAUCGAGAAAUGCCCAGUUUUCCAAUUUUUUGACGACGAGACCCGAAGGAACUGCCAAGUCCCCGUCAAAGUUGACGAGCAAGUCCAGGGCCAGUUCGAUAAGUUGCCUGGUUGCAACAGCGUUCAACGAGGCCCAGGCAACGCUGUGGCAGAAUCAUCCUGCGGUGCAGCGACCCAGAUCUCGGCAUCCAAAUGGGGUUACAAGGACGUGACGAGUACUCUCAAGUACAAAUAUCUGGGCUGUAGCCGCGAUCCAGCUGGACAGACCAGGACUCUCCAGGGCGCCAAGACGUCCGGUGAUAGCAUGACAGUUGAUACAUGUAUCAAGUACUGUGACGGAAAGGGCUUUCAGUAUGCCGGCCUUGAAUAUGCGAAGGAAUGCUGGUGCGGGAACUCAGUAGCUGAUGAUCGGAAGCCUAGAAAGGGGCUCUGGGGAGCUUGCGAUAUGCCCUGUGGGGGUAGCAAGACGGAGAUGUGUGGCGGCUGGGCUGCGAUGUCUCUCUAUCAGAAGUGCAACGGGACUUGCACAAAUGCGGAGUUGAUGUGA